UUUCCCAAUAAGAACCAACUGAGAGAGAGAGAGCGCCGGAGAAGAAGAUUUUUAGCGAGAGAGCAAUGGACGAGGGAGUUAUAGCAGUUUCCGCCAUGGAUGCAUUCGAAAAGCUUGAGAAAGUUGGGGAAGGGACAUACGGGAAAGUUUACAGAGCCAGAGAGAAAGCUACCGGAAAAAUCGUCGCUCUCAAGAAGACGCGUCUCCAUGAGGACGAAGAAGGCGUUCCUUCCACCACUCUCCGUGAAAUCUCCAUCUUGCGCAUGCUUGCUCGUGAUUCCCACAUCGUCAGGUUGAUGGAUGUUAAGCAAGGACUAAGCAAAGAAGGCAAAACUGUAUUGUACCUGGUUUUUGAAUACAUGGACACUGAUGUCAAGAAAUUCAUCAGAAGUUUCCGUAGCACUGGCAAGAACAUUCCAACCCAAACUAUCAAGAGCUUGAUGUAUCAAUUAUGUAAAGGAAUGGCAUUCUGUCAUGGCCACGGGAUAUUGCACAGAGAUCUCAAGCCUCACAAUCUCUUGAUGGAUCCCAAGACAAUGAGGCUCAAAAUAGCAGAUCUUGGUUUAGCCAGAGCCUUCACUCUUCCAAUGAAGAAGUAUACCCAUGAGAUAUUAACUCUAUGGUAUAGAGCUCCAGAAGUUCUUCUUGGGGCCACCCAUUACUCGACAGCUGUGGAUAUGUGGUCUGUUGGCUGCAUCUUUGCUGAACUUGUGACCAACCAAGCAAUCUUUCAGGGAGACUCUGAGCUUCAACAGCUCCUCCAUAUUUUCAAGUUGUUCGGGACACCCAAUGAAGAAAUGUGGCCAGGAGUGAGCACACUCAAGAAUUGGCAUGAAUACCCACAGUGGAAACCAUCGACUCUCUCCUCAGCUGUUCCAAACCUCGACGAGGCUGGACUUGAUCUUCUAUCUAAAAUGCUGCAGUACGAGCCAGCGAAACGAAUCUCAGCAAAGAUGGCUAUGGAGCAUCCUUACUUUGAUGAUCUGCCAGAAAAGUCCUCCCUCUAAGGAUUUAAGUCGUCAGUUAGUAUCUUUCCCAGUUUUAUGUUUUUUCUUGUUUUGCUUCUUCCAAGCAUAUCUCUAGUGUGCUGCUUCCCGCUCUAUGAAUCAUCCUUAUCUUUAGCAUAAUAUCACUUCUGAUUGUUGUUUCUUUCUGUUCGAAAAUUUGUAUCAAUGGCUUUAACGUUUUUAAGACUAUAUAUAUUCGCAAUUAUAAUGAUCUAGUCAUCUGGGAGUCUAAGAACAACUUCUUGAAUAAAUGGAUACAUAUAAC